GUUUGCCUGGUUGGUUCAUGACUUUAUUAAAUGAUAAGAUAACAAUUCCUGUCUUCACUGAAAGAUCCACUGAAUUAUCAUAUUAACUCAACUCUAUUUCAUUUUUGACAGUAAUCCUUCCACUUUAAUUACUGACUUCACAAUGUCUGAAAUCAGAUUCAGCAGUCUCACUUGGGAUCAAGUUAUAACACUGGAUCGAGUGUUAGAUGAAGUAAUUCCAAUUCAUGGAAGGGGCCAUUUCCCAACACUGGAGGUAAAACCAAAAUAUAUCAUUCAUGUUGUGAAAGAUCAACUUACAAACCAAGGAAUUAUUGUUAAAGACACCCGACUUAAUGGUUCCACAGCAAGUUAUGUACUUGCAAGCCAUAAUGGAAUUAGUUAUAAGGACUUGGACAUUAUUUUUGGUGUUGAACUUCCAAGUGAUCAAGAAUUUCACGUUGUUAAGGAUGCAGUUCUAGGUUGUCUGCUUGACUUUUUGCCAAAAGGUGUAAAAAAGGAAAAGAUCACCCUUAAGACCAUGAAAGAGGCUUAUGUGCAGAAGAUGGUCAAAGUUUGCAAUAAGGAUGAUCUUUGGAGUCUCAUCUCUCUUUCAAAUAACACUGGAAAGAAUGUAGAACUAAAAUUUGUUAAUUCACUCAGACGGCAAUUUGAAUUUAGUGUAGAUUCCUUUCAAAUUAUUUUGGAUCCCAUGCUAGACUUCUACAGUGACAAAAAUACUAAACUAACCAAAGAAUUAUAUCCUAUUGUGGUAGUUGAAAGCAUGUAUGGAAACUUCCAAGAAGCAAUGACACAUUUGCAAUACAAGCUUAUAUCUACCAGAAACCCUGAAGAGAUUAGAGGUGGUGGCCUUCUGAAGUACAGCAACUUACUGGUUCGUGACUUCAAACCAGCUUGUGAAGCAGAAAUCAAGACCCUAGAACGUUACAUGUGCUCUAGAUUCUUCAUUGAUUUUCCUAACAUAGCAGAACAGCAAAAGAAAAUUGAAUCAUACCUUCGCAACCAUUUCAUUGGUGAAGAAAAGAACAAGUAUGAGUAUCUUAUGACCUUGCGUGGGGUUGUGAAUGCAAGCACUGUUUGUCUGAUGGGUCAUGAAAGAAGACAGACUCUCAACAUGAUCACCCUUAUGGCUUUAAAAGUACUUGGAGAACAGAAUAUUAUACCCAGUACAGACAAUGUAACUUGCUUUUAUCAGCCUGCUCCAUACUUUGCUGCUGAGGGAGGGUACCCUAAUUAUUAUGUAACAUCUGGGCCACCACCCAUUUUCUUCCACCCAUACCACCCACUACAUUUUUAUGUGUCAAAUGGUAUGGUUUAA